AUCGGGGCGGGCACAUGGCCGGAGGUCAGCAGGACCUUCCGAGCCAGCCUGGCCACCCAGCCCGGCAAGCAGCUCAGUCCCCGCUCGUGUCCUCUGGCAGCCGUGGUGCAGGAGGUGGAGAGGAACUACCUGGCGCAGGAUAAAGACCAGGACUGUGUGGACGUGAAGCAGAUUUUGGUGGAGAGCGGCCUGGGUUCGGGAGCUGUGACUGAACGUGACGUGGCUCACUUUUCCGCCGUCCUCCUGUACCACGUGCUGCAGGGCCACUGUCUGCUCCCUCAGUUGGCACCUGAGUACUUCCUGGAUUACAUCUUCCACGCUUUCCAGAACGAGUCAGAGAAUAUCACGGCAGCGGGUACAUUUACAUCCACACUGUUCGCUGUGCAGGCCUCGCUGUGCAGGGAGGCCAUAUCAGGGCCUGAAAAUUAUUGUGGCGUCCUGUCGCAUAGUGGUUAG